UUUUAUUUUUAAUUUGAUUGACAAACAAUAAAGUGUUUUGUGAUUUUCCUAGUGUUAAAUUGAUUAUGCUUUUGCUAAUAUGAGAAAGUUAAUGCGAAGGUGAAUUAAUUGCAAAUACAAGGAAGAAACGUAAUUUAUAUUGCGACUUGCAUAUUUAAUUAUGUGAGUAAUAAAGUUGUUUAAAGAAUAGAGUAGAAUCGCAGCAAAAUAAUUAUUUAUAAAUGGUUCGACGAUAGUUGAAGUACAAAUGAGAAUUAAAAAUUUCAUAAUAACAUUAUGCGUUAUUAUAAGUGUAAGUUUAGGUUUUAUUAUUUUUGGGCAAAAUAAGCCUCAUCAAACAAUUCAGACGAUUGUUUCCACCACCAAUGAACAAAUUCAAAAUUUUAAGGAUAAUUUUCGCGAAGCGGACAAGAAUGCAUUGCUAACAGAUCAAAAAUUAUUAGAUAUUUUGGGUUUUCCUGAGAAGAAUCCUAGACUGUAUCCUGAUGAUGUAUGGAAAAAUUCGUCAUUGCCUGUUAUUGUAACAUAUAUUUUAGAAGGACAAGAAAGUCAGGCUGUUGGACUUAUUAACAAUGUGGCAAGGAUUUUACCAAAUAAUACAAUUAUAGUUUAUAACUUGGGACUCUCCCAAUAUGGUUUAAAAAUUCUUCAAAAUUACUGUAAUAGUUCAAAAUGUCAAGUUAUUCCAUUAGACAUUUAUGAUUUUCCAUCACAUAUACAAGAAGACAUUCUACACGCAUUUAGGCCUAUAGUUAUUCAGGAUGCUUUAAGUCGCACCGGUGCAAUUUUAUUUAUGGAAUCUAACUACAGAUUUUUACCUAAUAUAACACACACUAUGAUUACUGAUCUUUAUGAGAACAAUGCUUUAAAGAAGGGAGUCUUGGCGUUUCCUCUUCAAACCAGGCAUCCAGUAACUAGUUUAACCCACAAGAAAAUGUUUCAGUAUUUUAGGACAGACUCUGAAAAUUUUCAGUUUCUACAAAUGGUUAAAGCUGAUGUUCUGUUUUUUGUUAAUACAAAGGAUAUACAUCAAGAAGUCAUGUUACCUUGGAUACAAUGUACUUUAACGCAUGAUUGUAUAUUUCCUAUAGGUGCUCAGGCAGCAGGAUGUAAAUUUGAUAAGAAACCCUCUUAUCGGUAUUCGGGUUGCCAUAGUUACGAUGCUUCAGCUUUAAAUAUAAUCUUAGGACUUCAUUUUAAAUUUAUAAGCAAUGAGUAUACUUUUAACAAGCCAGUAAGUCUUUUCUAUCAAGUUCUUCUAAGGAAGGCAGAUGCACUUUUAAAAGAGCUAGAGCAAAAUGCCACUACUGACGGACAGUUAUCUGUAGUUAGUUAAAAUAUGAUAAAUAACCAAAAAUACAUUGUGUGAUAAUUAGUCGUUAAAUAAGCAUUAUACUAUUAAGGAUUACCUACAUUUAAAAAUUACAAUAUAACUAAAUAGUUAUAUGGAGUUUUAGUGAUAUACAACUUAGCUAGAUUAGAAGCGUAGAUUUAGAUUAUCAAAACGCAAAAUUUCUACUGAUGACAUUAUUUUUUUCUCUACACUUUAUUUUAAAAAUAUUUAUUGUCACGUUUAACAAAAUUAUACAGUUCUUCAAUACAAAA